AUGGAGGCUCUACCGACACGAAAAUUAUGUUCGACAAUUAAUGAUUGCAAACAAACGGCUGCCACUAAUUGCGAAGGUUGUUCACAAUCUUUUUGUACUAAACAUUUUCUCGAGCAUCGUCAUUUACUCAGCGAAGAAAUGAAUGUAAUCAUAAGUGAACAUAGUCAUCUUCAACAUACAUUCAAACAAUCAAUAGAAUGUGAUUUACAUCCUUUCGUAAAACAAAUUGAUGAAUGGGAAAAAGAAUCGAUCGUUAAAAUUCAACAAAAAGCAGAAAAAUUACGACAAGAAUUAUUUCAAUUAAUAUCAAUUCGUAAUAAUGAAAUUUUAAGUAUACUUCAACAAUUAUCCGAAGAUUUGAAUGAAAAUCGAAAAAAUGAGAAUUUCAUUGAGAUGGAUCUUCAACAGUGGAAAAUUACUCUAGAAAAUCUAAAAACAAAACUUGAUUCAUCAUCAACAACAUUUUCAUUUGAUAUACAUGAUGAUUUACCACUAGUACAGAAUAUUUCUAUUAUAUUUACAAUAGAAAAUGAAUUAUUUGAAAAAGUAUUUGAUAAUAUUGUACAGAUUAAACAAUACGGACAAGUAGCGAUUCAUGAUACAUCAUAUAAUUAUACAGAAAUUCGAGGAAAAAAUGAAUAUACAACUGGUCAUCAUAAAAUUCGUCUAUAUAUUGAACAAUCUGCUGAUAAAUGGACAUUUCUAGGAAUUACAUCGAAAUCAAUACUUUUACAAAAACAGUCAACUAGUUCAAAAUCAUCUUAUGGAUGGGCUAAUAAUAAUUAUUUUUUGUUAAAUGGAGAAUGUCAAUUAAAUAGAUCCAGUCCUCGUAUUGAGAUGAAAACAAAUGAUAUAAUUACUUUAAUAUUUGAUUGUGAUAAUCAUAAAAUUUUCAUGAUCAAUGAACGAACAAAUACAAAGUAUGAAUUAAUUGUCAAUAUCAAUCAUUGUCCAUUUCCUUGGCAAUUUCAUGUCAAUCUAUAUGAAGCAAAUAGUUGUAUACGCAUUUUAUCCGCUUAA